UGCGGGCUCCCGCCAUGCUGGGCGCGGUGAAGAUGGAAGGACACGAGGCUCCGGACUGGAGCGGAUUCUACAGCGAGGAGGUGUACUCUCCAAUGGGAGGUGGUGGAAUGGGUUCUGGCCUCGGAAUGGGCUCCAUGUCGGGCUACAUGUCCAGCAGUGGAACCACAUCGGGCUCCUUCAACAUGUCGUAUAGCGGGACUGGUUUGAGUCCUGCCCCAGUGGCGGGGAUGGGCGGUUCGGCUCCUGCAGCCAUGUCAGGUCUGGGAGGGGGUGUGGGCUCGAUGGGUGGAACCCUGAGCCCAUCCAGUAUGAGCUUGCAGCAACCCUCAAUGGGCCUGAAUCCAUACGGGGGCAUGAGUCCCACAAUGAGCACUGGCAUGGCGUAUAGCAGUACUGGACUGAACCGUGGCCGUGAGAAUAAGGCCUUCAGACGGAGCUACCCACAUGCCAAACCACCCUACUCAUACAUCUCACUCAUCACUAUGGCCAUCCAGCAGGCGCCCAGUAAGAUGCUGACUCUGAGUGAGAUCUACCAGUGGAUCAUGGACCUGUUCCCAUACUACCGUCAGAACCAACAGCGCUGGCAGAACUCCAUCCGGCACUCACUGUCCUUCAACGACUGCUUCGUUAAGGUGUCGCGCUCGCCUGACAAACCGGGGAAGGGCUCCUACUGGACCCUCCACCCAGACUCUGGGAACAUGUUCGAGAAUGGCUGCUACCUUCGCCGCCAAAAGAGGUUCAAGUGCGAGAAGAAGAUAUCUGCAAAAUCAGAUGGGCGAAAAGAUCAGGGGGGGGUGGGGGGUGGUAUAGAACACGUUUCUCCUGCAGGGGACUCCCUUAAACCUCCUGGACUCCUGGACUCCUCCCUGCCCUCCUCCAGCCAGGUGACUUCGCCUCAAGGUCUGGACAUGCGGGGUGGCAUCAGCGGAGCAGACCUGAAGGUGUCUGGCUCUCAUCUCCUGUCCUCCCUGUCAUUGCCCCCCCACUCCAUGACCCAUGAGUCCCAACUGCACCUCAAAGGAGACCCCCACUAUUCAUUCAAUCACCCGUUCUCCAUCAACAACUUAAUGUCGUCCUCAGAGCAGCAGCACAAACUGGAUCUGAAAGCCUAUGAGGCCCUGCAGUACUCCUCCUACAGUGCUGGGGGGGCAUCUGGCCUCGGGGGAAGGACCAUGGAACCUCUGGAGGCUUCUUACUACCAGGGGGUCUAUCCCAGACCGCUCCUCAACUCUUCAUAGUAUCUGCUGCACCUGCUAAUUUGACUCUGCAUGCAGCCAUCCUGGACUUCCUGUCUGACUGCGGCGAUGCUGAACUGGAUCGACUCUGCUGCUGCUGGUCGGCUGGUUUUGGAACUUCUGCACUGUGACUACGCCAGGACACGGACAUGUUAACUGUCAGCUGAUUAAACUGAUACCUGGUCUGUUUUCUCCUUUUACACACUGAGUCACAAACAGCUGAAGCUCACUUUUUUAAGGUUCAGGAUACCAACCGGUCAAAUGCUGAUUUACUGUAAACCUCCAACACAUUGUCCUCCGGUCAGACCAGGUUCCUCCGUCCAUGCAAUUCAGGAUCUUCGUUCAUGUUGAUUCUGCAGUUCAUAAUUUUGUGUUUAUAUCAGUUGUUGUGGACCUGGACAUCCAGACUCUCUAUUGGUCUCAAGACUCAAGAGAUAUUAACUUUAUGUUCAAAAUGAUUUCAGUGACACAAAGAGUGUUGAGCUUUGUCUUUAUCCAGCAUCUUUGUGGCUCGGAGGAAAGUUUUUAGGUGAAUCACUGAAAAGAGUUAACUGGAUGCUAACCUCAGGAAAGCUGCCGUAGGAUUAGAGUAAACCACCGACUUUGAUCCAGUUGGUGUUUUGUCCUGUUGAAAGUUUUAUUCACCAGAUUCGGGGGUUGCCUGGUGAUGGCAGUGAAGCGGCUGCUUUGUUGACACUGAUGAAGCUGCAGAUGUUUACAGAAACAAAUCUGGAUUCUAAAGAUGCUAACUGAUGUAUUUGAUCAGUUAUGAGGAGGAGUUAUUUCUCCCACGACCUUCUCGCUUCUCAGCUGACCUCCUGACGGGUUGCGACCCUCGGAGUGAGAAACCUCAGCACAGAUGAAACGGCUUUUGAUUUAAAGGGUCAGUUCACCCAAACGACUCAGACACAGAUUGCCCUGCCUCUCUGAACGGUGUCGUCUGUUACCGAGAAGAUUUGUCACAAAUCUCUGAGCUUUUCUGUUUUCACUAUGCCACUAACAGUUAGAUUAAAAAUAGUUUUGUCUUUUGAACGAAACCAAACUUUUUGUUUCACUGAAUUUUCUUCAUCUUAAAUCAACAUUUAUUCAUUAAAUUUCAAAUAAACAAAUACAAAUUUGGAAUGAAAGCAGGUGUGCAAUGACAACACAAUUUGAGAUCAGCUUCAUGAAGGGAAUCAAUCAUUUAUCCCUAGUUGACAAAUAUCGUUUUUUAAUUAGUAUUUUGGUUGUGAUGAACACAAAUGUCCUGUUUUAUUCACAUUAUUUCUCAUAAUGUAAUAAUUUCCAUUAUUUUAAAUACCAAGUUGCGAUCAAUAAUAAUUUCUACCGUUUAGAUGACUAUGUUGUUAACCUGUGAUCACUGAUCAAUAAUCCAUCUGUAGCUGUGACACUUGGACACAAUCCAUCAGUCACUUCUUAAAGCUAUUGAUUCAGCUUCGGAUCAAAGAUUUGUGUUUGUGACUCUCACUCGGUGUGAAAAAGGAGAAACCACUUCCUGUCUGCUUUCUGACGGUUGGUACGUCUGAUGAUAAAAAUCCUCUUUGUGUAUUUAAACUUCCCACAAUCACCGAUUAUUGGUUAUGAUUAAUAUAACCAUUUGCAUGAAGGAAGGCUCUUCUUCCUCUUCUGUUUUCUGGGGCAAAAACAAUUGAUUUCAAACUCAGCUUGAAAAGAGAGAGAGAGACAGACGGAGAGAGGAGGAUGAAUUAGUUA